AUGACGCCAAACCAGUCUCCGAAGCACGACACUUUCUUCUACUGCGACACCGUCGUCUUUCAAGUCGAAGACACUCUCUUCAGCAUACCGCGCUAUGGGCCGGCGAAAGAUGGCGCGUUUGACACCCUCUUCGAGCCUCCUUGUGGCGCCCUCUCUGCUGGGACUCACGACGAUGAACCCAUCUUCCUUGCUGAUGUCAGCGUCUCCGAGUUCCGCUUGCUCCUUCGGAUGAUAUGCUUUGACCCGGACCACAUUGCGACGUUCGACACGCUGGAUGAGUGGACAUCAAUCCUUCGCCUUUCUACUAGGUGGUCUCUGGGGAGCAUCCGUGCUGCGACCAUAUCCGGUGCCAAGUCUCUUGUCAACAAGCUUCCCAUCGUAGAGAAGAUACUCCUUGCUGAGCGCUGUAACGUCCAGGAGUGGCUCGAAGAGGGAUAUGAAGCUCUCAUCGGGCGGGAAGCGAUGAUCACUUCUGAGGAGAGGGAUAUGCUUGGAUGGGAAACGUAUGGACGCCUCAUGGAGCUUCGCGAGAAAUGCUGGGUAGACACGAAGGGGGUGAAGAAGAUCAGUGCUGCAGCGGCCAGGGGGAUGGGGGCCACGGGGAGCCAGAAGAAGAAAGGGAAGAAGGGAAAGAGCAUGACAACUGCCUGUCACCUUUUGGGGCAGCCUCUGACACACUGCUGCCGCCCAAUCACCGAUAACGAGAGUCCAGGCGGUUACUACAAGGGGAAAACUCGCAACCAUGAUGAGUUACCUGGGAAGCAGUCUUUCGCAUUGAUACCUCGUGUUGUAGAGCCCAGUGAUGGCUUCUUUUGA